AUAGCAAAUUUCAUUAUAAAUUGGGGCUCAAAAAAUCAAAAUCAAAAAAUCGUAAUGGUCUUAUAUCAAGGAGGAAGAAGAAGAAGCAGUGUUAGUGUUUGUUUGGUGUUGAUUUCGAUAGUUUGGAUAGGCAUGGCCGACUCGUCUCCCAAACUCGGUGUAGAAGGAGAUUCCUCUUCUUCUACCACUCCUGCUGCGGUUUCCGAAUCUGCCGUACACAUCAUCUACACUGAACAGCCCCCAAAUAAUGAAGAGCCUGAAUCCUUCCACAUCCGAACCCUAGCCUCCGUCUUCGGCAGUGAGGAUGCGGCGAAGGAGGCUCUGAUUUAUAGCUACAAGAACGCUGCCAGUGGGUUCUCUGCUAAACUCACUCCACAGCAGGUUUUGGAGAUUUCAAAGCAACCAGGUGUUCUUCAAGUUGUCCCAAGCAGGACACUUCAGCUUCAUUCAGGACCAGCGAAGUUGCAUUAAGCCUUUAAAUAUGAACUAUAUACGCUAAGAAGACAACUUUUAAAAAGGGUUGUAUGCCAAUGUGGAUGGACAAAUUAAGCCUAUAUGUAAUACUCUUUGCCAUGGUGUGAUUUAUAUUAUAUUAAUAAGGUUUUCGAACCAAUCACGUAUAGAAUUCUGCUGUGUUUCCAUUUGUAGCAUGUAUAUAUAUCAUAUUAUCAUA